GCCCGUCGCCUGGCAGAGCAGUCUGAAGAGGAGUCGCGUUUUUCUCGGGGCCUAUACUUCCGUCAUUUUAUAUCUCACUGGAUAAACACUGUGGACCCGAUUCUGCAUGUGUGGCGGUGUGGCGCAGGCUGUGGUAAUACUACUGGUGAUUCUGCUGGAUAAAUCAAUCUGCUUGGGAAACUUGUUUUGUACGGACAGCAGCCUGGAUCUCACCCUGAAACAAGCAGACGUCAGAGACCUCGCCUGCUUGCUGCCGUCGCUGCUGCUUAAUUUUAUCUAAUCGAAGCAUUGUUUGCGGGAUUACACCGCUGCCACAUGCACUAUGUAGCGAAGUGAAUGGCAUGCUGCUGGUAGCUGUUAGACGUUUAUCGGCUUUUUAGUUUUAAACACCGUGCCUUGGCGGAAAGGAGAGGAUUUCGUUUUAUUUAAGGUCAAAGUGACGAUGAAUGAGCAGGAGAGUGGAGUUGUUUCCUUCGAUGAAUAUGUGCGGCAGAAGGCGCGCACUGUGCCUCAGCACAGGAUGAAGGAGUUCCUGGAGUGUCUUGCCAAGGGCCCAGAGGUGCUGCAGGAGUUCAGCCAGCAGGAAGGGGCAGCCACCACCACAGCCAUGGUGUACCAGCAGCAGGGUACCAACUGUGUCUACACAGACAGCACAGAGGUGGCUGGGUCGCUUUUAGAGCUGGCUUGCCCGGUACAGGUGACCUCGGCAGAUAUUUCACCUCACCUGUCUGUGCACCAAGGGUCUGAGCAGCAGCUUCAAGUGCAGGUUCAGAUCCAGGAACAGCAGGGCCAGACAGUCGGCCAGGUUCUUCAGGUGGCCUCUCCCUCUCAGCAGGACCUGCAGGGAAUCUCCACAGCCCAGCUUGUCCAGCAGGGAGAGCUCACAGAGGAGCAGCAACAGCAGAUUCAGGCACAGUUGGUUGCAGCUGUGGCUGGAGGACAACAAAUCCACUUACAAGGAGCGCAGCAUAUUCAGCUGCCAGGGGGUCAGCAAAUUCAACUUCAGGCUGGCCAACAGAUUCAACUACAGGGUGGCCAACAGAUUCAACUACAGGGUGGACAACAAAUUCAACUACAAGGUGGACAACAAAUUCAACUACAAGGUGGCCAGCAGAUCCAGAUUCAGACCAUAGAGGCCAUGUCUCCUUCCCAGCAACAGGACUCUCCCAGGGAGGCAGAGAGGAGGUCCGGCACUGUCUCAACUGUUCUCCAACCUGCCAAGAAGCGUAAAGUGGAUGUCCCUCUAGCUGUUUCCUAUGCUGUUCCACAGGGUCAGCAGGUGGCUACAGUUCUGGCCAUCCCUCAAGGGCAGCAGCAAAGCUACGUGUCCCUACGACCAGAUUUGCUCACUGUUGACAGUGCUCAACUGUACAGCACAACAGGAACAAUCACAGGUCCCACAGGUGAGACCUGGACCAUCCCUGUGUACUCCGCUCCUCAACAGCAGGGUGUAACUCACAUUGCUAUACCACAGGAGACAUACAGCACAGUGCAAGUUACCACCACCAACGGUAAGGACAAAAUGUCCCCCAGUUCCUCUUCAAGGUCUGCAGAUGGGCAGUUGGCCUCCACUGGAACACAGGAAGAAAUAGUACAGACCCUGUUCCCAGCACAGUUCAUGAACGGGAACAUUCACAUCCCUGUGGCAGUGCAGACUGUAGGAGGGACUUACAACACUACACAGUCGGUACACAUAUGGGACCCAAGUCAACAGCAGAGCCAAGGAGAAGAGGGACAAGAACAGCAGCUCCAUCUGCAGGGUCAACUACAGGCAGAGUCUCAUUCUGAACCACCCACUGAGAUUCUGGUUCCUGUCUGUCUAAAGCCAGAGGAGGGCUUGGAGGUCUGGCGCCUUUGGGUGAAGCGAAAAAACACAGAGCUAAGCAAGCAGGAAAAGACGAAGCUUGCACCCAUAGGACGUCGUCAACCCCUGCGUUUUCAAGAAGACUUGGUGUCCAGUGCGGUGGCUGAGUUAAACUUGGGUCUUUCCCUAAUGACACAGGAAGCUCGUGGAUCAGAGGAAGAACAAUUUGCGCCCGAUGUUCUGUAUUACGUCUUCUUGUGUAUACAAAAGUAUCUCUCUGAAAAUGGACGCGUGGAUGAUAUUUUCUCUGAUCCAUAUUACACACGUUUCUGUGGGUCUUUACACAACAUCCUGGAUGGUUGGAAACCAAGUGUCCAUCCGUUAGGUUACAUUAUUCCAAGUCAUGUGACAGAGGAGAUGCUGUGGGAGUGUAAACAGCUUGGUGCACAUUCACCAGCCACACUGCUCACAACUCUAAUGUACUUCAAUACUAAGCAUUUCCGCCUGAUAACAGCUGAACAGCACAUGAAAGUAGCUUUCUCCAAGGUCCUAAGACACACGAGGAAGAACCCCACUAAUGCCAAGGACAAAGCAACCAGUAUCCGCCUUCUCAAAGGACAAGGUCCACAUAGUGCCACGCAGAAAGGAACUGAUGACAUGUACGAAGAGCAGAUCGAGGAUCCAGAGAAUCCUCUUCGUUGUCCCAUUAAACUUUAUGACUUUUACCUCUUCAAGUGUCCUCAAAGCGUUAAAGGACGCAACGACGCAUACUACAUGACUCCAGAACCUGUCGUUGCACCCAACAGCCCGAUGUGGUACUCAUCUCAACCCCUCACGAGUCAGCAAGUGGAGCACAUGCUAGCUCGCAUUAUCGUGGUCCGAGAGAUCCAUGAGAUCAUUGGUGCUGGUCCAGAGAACAUGAGUUAAACUGAGAGGACUGACUGGAGUGAUGGGAACUAGUUCUCCAGUCACUGAUUGUUGACUAUGCAGUACCUGUCCUGACUCUAUAAACAUCACUGACCAUCUCAAAUAAAAUGGAUCAACUUCUGAAACAA